GGCCGGGACGGGACGGGCGGGUGCGGGGCCAUGAACGGCUCGGCGAACCCGCUGCUGGACAAGGAGGAUCACCCGCUGCAGCUGGGCGAGAGCUUCGAGCGGCGGCCCAAGGCCUCCUUCCACACCAUCCGCUAUGAUUUUAAGCCUGCAUCAAUUGAUACCUCUUGUGAAGGGGAGAUCCAAGUGGGUAAAGGGGAUGAUGUAACCAUUACUUUGCCACAUAUUCCGGGUUCGACUCCUCCAAUGACUGUUUUUAAAGGAAAUAAAAGGCCGUAUCAGAAGGACUGUGUGCUUAUUAUCAAUCAUGACACUGGGGAGUACGUUCUGGAAAAACUCAGUAGCAACAUUCAAGUCAAGAAAACAAGAGCAGAGGGCAGCAGUAAGAUCCAAGCCCGAAUAGAACAACAGUCUGCUCGAGCAUCUCAACCUCCUCCACAGUUCAGAGCCCCAACCAAGCCAGCAACUGGACCUAAAACUUCUCCACUGAAGGAUAAUCCUUCACCUGAGCCUCAACUGGAUGACAUUAAGAGAGAGCUGAGAGCGGAGGUUGAAAUUAUUGAGCAGAUGAGUAGCAGCAGUGGAAGCAGCUCAUCGGACUCAGAAAGCUCAUCUGGAAGUGAAGAUGAAAGCUCCAGCAGCGAGGGGGAAGAGCUAGCACACGUUUCCCCUUCCCAGCCACCUCACCAGCAGUAUAACAAUAGGAAUGCUGUUGCUAAUGGCACCAGCAGGCCACAAGGAAGCAAUCAGCUCAUGAACACACUCCGAAAUGACUUGCAGUUGAGUGAAUCUGGGAGUGACAGUGAUGACUAGAGGCUGAGCUUUUCCUGCUUCUCUUACAUAUACAUGAAGAACUAAUUUACCUUGAAGUGAUCAUAUUGCUUACAAAGAGGAUCUGGCACAGGAAUACUUCCAUGUGUGAAAUUUUAAUAGAAGGAAUGUGUAACUCUGUAAAAUAUCAGACGUUGAGGGCUGUUUUACUUUGCAAAUUGAGUGUAUAUUUUGUGUAUAUUCUUAUUCUUUAAAAGCUUUACAUAGGUAUGUACAGUGGGUAAACCAAUAUAUGCCCCUAUGUUCUUAUCUGUUCAUUAUCUGUAAGCAUAACAUGUAACUUCAUCAUGUCAUCUGAUAAUUUCUUGUUUCUUGAAGAUAUUCAGUCCAUAGUGGAAGAUAUUCAGCCCAUUGUGUCUUUGUUGGGGGACUUUUGUAAUAUAGGGUGAGCAUGAGCCAACAGUGAGUUUAAAAAAACCAACCAUGCAGGACCUAGAGUGUGCACUGAAGUAGGACUGUUAUAAAUUAAGCCUCAACACUAAGUUGAUUUAUUUGACUUGGGACUUUUCUAAUGUGUUUUUAUUGCUAUUUAUGAUUGAUUUAAUGGACAUACUUUUCAAUAGUUGGGAAGGAGAAAUCGUAAAACCAUGUUUGCCACAAACCUUGCUGCACCAGUGCCUUAUAAGCAGGUCUUUAAAUGGAGCUUCCUGCCACCUCUCAUAGAGAGAGCAAUACUGAAACCUCUUCAGACUGCUUUUACAAAGAAGAGCUAUACUUCACAUGCAAGCCAACUGUACUCAGAGGGCAGUCACUCUAGCAAGAUAUAGGAUAUAUGUCAGUCACCUGAGCACAUCCAAGUUAAGAACCAGAUCAGCAUUUUCUCAUGCAACUGAAGCAUCUCAUUUAAUUCAGACAUUCAGUCCUACAUCUUCAGAAAUAUAUAGGAGCGUGAUUGCCAAAGGAACUGCAACGUCACGAAUAGGAGAUAAUGGGCUUGCUGAAAUGGUAAGACCCAGAGCCUUGUUUGCAGUUUCCUAAAGGAUGCAGAAAGAGGAGAUGACUUAAGCAAAUGUGAAACAGCACAAGUCUCUCUCCCACCACAGCUGUCCAGGUAGACUUUAGUCCAUACUAUUUGUUGGACAGGAUCUCUGUGCUUGGCAGAACUACACAGAACAAGAAAUAUUUGCCUACGAUGAAAUUCACCCCUGUUUAAGGGGGUUUAAAAGGUGCUCAGCUGGAUUAUCAUUAACUUUUUGCUUUGAUGGAAACAAGUUCUGGGGCAGCCUCUUAGUCUUGAGCACAAGGCUAACUUUUUAAACCCCAACUUCAAGCGAUAUAGGCUGAGCCACACUGCAUUUGCGGUGUAAUCCAGUCGGAACUUAAACUGGAUUGGAUGCCUCUCCAUUCUUAAAUGUCUGCUUUGCACUGCCUGUGUCCGUCUCAUAGUUUGUGUUGUAACUCCUGUUUGUUUACCGAGCUCUUUCCUUUUUUUUUUUUUUAAGGUAUUGAAGAGCAGGGUAUCAUUGGAAGGGAGAUUUUAUUAAAUGGUUUAUUUUUUUGCAUUCGAUACAUAUUUAGGCAUAUUUUUGCAUUAUUGUACAUAUGUUUAAAAAUAAUUGUUUUUUAAAGUGUUUUAUGACGUGGGUACAUAUUUUAACAUACAAUUACAAAAUAUACUUGAUGUAAAGCCACAGCUGA